AAACGCCCUGAAAACACCAUAAAACCACCCAAAAACAACCCAAGAUGCCCCGAAAACGCCCCAAAACGCCCUGAAAACACCCCGAAUACGCCCCAAAACACUCCAAAAUACCCCGAAACACCCUCAAAACACCCCAAAAACUUCCCAGAACGACCCCGGGAAACAGACCCCAAAUCGACCCCAACGCGUCGGUUCCCGUCACCCCAGGGUGGAGCCCCCCAAAAA